AUGGCCACAGCUGAUCUCCAAUCUGACGCUUCCUCAUCUACUGUCAUUGCCCACGCAGACUCACACCGGCAAAGCCACAGUUCUUCCAAGUUGCCCGCUUUCCGCUUCACUGACCGGCGAAGCAGCAGCUGUGGAAGUGUGCCCCUAGCUAAUAAGGGUGACCCCCUGUCCCUUAGCAGCAGCAACCAGUACAACCAUAACAGAAACCAAAAUCUCGAUUCGAGAAACAAUAACAAGGACGACCUCACCAGCGAUUACCUUGACCACAAACCAACUACAUCGGCAGCAGCCUCAACACCAACCUCACCACUCGCCAAUACUGUGGAUAGCGCAUCAGCGGCGCUUCCUCUGCAGUCUUCGAUUGCGCCGUCAAUUGUCUCACCCAAUUCAGACCCCAGUACUAUUACUCCGACUGUCUCAGUCGCACCGACCACAGUAUCAUCUGUAUCAGCAGACCCAGGCCCAGUGUCCCCCCCGAGCCCUGCUGUUAGUGGACCAUUGACAGCGCCCGACCCCGGCACAACACCAGCACCGGCAACUCUCGCGACGACCCAUUCUCACACUUCUCACCCGACAACGCAUCACCGCGACGAAAAACACGUUGUCUCUGCAUUAACAUCUGCGCCUGCAUCUGCAUCUGCGCCCACAGACCCAUCAACGAACACGGCAUCCUCAACCUCGCAGCCCAACGAACCCAAGUCAUCCAACGAAUCCGACACAAGACUGCUCUCACAAAACAAUUCCAGGACGUCCUCGGUUCAUCCAUCGUCAUCGGUGAUCCAACUCUCGCCUGGGGUUAAGCGUCCCGCAUCUUUUGACGCACAUGUACCUGACGCGAUCUCCCCGCAUCCUGCUCCUCCAACCUUUAAGUCUCGGACUCGGCGACCACUGGUGUCGCGAAGAUCGACUGCUGGUACCUCUUCGACUGGCCCACCACCUUCUUUGAACUCUGAGCGCCUGCAAGCCAUCGAAGCCGCCCAGGAAGGUCAAUCCACUUGGCCCUCCUCAAGUGAUAAUUCACCACAGCAAUCGCCAUCUGGCCAACGCGAAUUACUUCUGCCCAAAACGCUGUCCAGAACCAACUCAGAUGAGAGGCGAGCAUCUGCCUCCCAUCGCCCUCCCGUUUCAUACCGACCACCUCUCACCUCCAAUAGUAGCACUGAAUCAUCGCCGUCAACCGCUGUUCGUGUUCCCCCAAUUCGAUCUUUCCGAUCUUCAGGCUCCCGCAAGAGCCUCACUCUCGAUAUGAAUUCGAGGCCGCGUUUCCACGACUCCGGCGACGAAGUUGAAGACACCAACCAUGACCGUACCCUGCGCGCCUUGGAGGGCAGGGGUAAUGAUGAUGCACUUCGGUCAGCUCCUUUAGCCUCAAGCCGCCGUGGCGCCUUCGAUAAUGAAGAUACUGGCGACGUUUUCCUUAAGAUUGCCAGGGAGGAAACUUCCCAGCGUCAAACAGACGAGCACUCCCAAGAAGAUACACGCAGCGUAGUGUCCCGAGCGACGCGAUUUACCCACCGAAGACCGUUAUCCUCCGUAGUCCCUAUACAUCAGCCUGCGUCCCCUCCUAGGGUUCGGCGCCGGCUUUCUGAUCAACAAGACACUGCGCGAUCACGAUCAAGAGGCUACGAAGACGACCGGGCCACUGAAAUUUCUCGCAUGCCAACUUAUCGCACACUGCCACGAGAAAAAGCAGCAUCUGCGCAUCCUGGAGAAGAUGCAGGACGCAUGCGAGGCUCGACCUCAACCAUGCGGCCGUCCCCCACCACACCUCGAUCGAUAGUUUUCCAGGAACCUAGUUCCGAAAAUUCCAUGUAUUCUCGUCGAAGAUCCUCUGUUACGGACAAUAAUGUAAGUGGGCAAAACCGAGGCUCUGCGUACAAAUUCAUGGGUCAUGGUCACAACAAGACGUAUAAUUCCUCCCCUCUGGUCCGGUCAUUCGAUUUCCAGCGUCAAGCAAGUCAUGAGACUGGCAACGGGGCUGAGGGAACGGAAUCGACUUUGUCGAAUACGGCCCCCUCCACGGUAUGGGACGAACUAGACGACCUCAAAUCAAGAAUACAUCGGCUGGAACUGACUGGUAAGCUGCCUUCAACUUCCGGCGCCGCAGUAUCGAGAUUAUCAGACGACCGACCUCCGACGGCGACUACUACAGCGACGACUAUGUCCUCUUCCCCCAAGCGAGUUGAGAAUGGUCAUCAGAACACGAAUGCCGACGCCGUUAGCACCACGUCCUCCCACCACCGAGAGUCACAUUCCAUUCUUCAAUCCGCCCUUGCUAAGUCCAAGGUUCUACUCGACACAGAAGUUUACCAGGCCCUAGAGUCUGCUGCCAACGAUGCCAUGACCCUCGCUUCCAUGAUGGGAACACCUGGCUUACCUGGGCCCAUUUCGAGCGGCGCCAGCACGAUAGGCUCUAACGCAACUGUUACUGAUCGCCAAUUGAGACGAAAGGCUGAGAGUGUGUGUCGCAGCUUAACAGAGCUUUGCCUCGCGUUGGGCGAGGACGCUACCCAGACACGUAUACCGCGGCAGUCAAUUGAAGUCCCACCACCUGCUCAGAAUGACGCGCCCACUACACCGACGAUUGGCAAAAACUUUAGUGGCUUUUCUCAACAUCGACAGAGCAUUGGGAGAAACGAUCAGAGUGCCGCCAAGGAACAUCUUACUAGCCCCAGGACUCUAUCCAAAUUUGAAGAGAGAAGGCUCAACAUUCUUAAUGGUAGUUCUCUACCUACUACAUCACGUGUGUCCAACUCGAUACCAUCGACACCGAUCGAGCCGAUCUCGAAUCGGCGUUCUUCUCUUUUGGUUUCUCGAUCUCGCCGUGCUGGUACCGAAGAACCCGACGAAGGCAGGAAGUCAUCGCUCCUACUAAGAACCAGAAGAGCUGGUACUGAGGAGCCUGAUGAAGGCCGUAGAACAUCUUUAUUCGUCCGUAACCGUAGAAACACGGUCGGCGAAGAGGGCGAGGAAGAAUCAAGGUUCCGGGCGCCUUCUCGAGCACCUACUGAGCUUGGCAGUACGAUUCGAGUUGUGACGCAGGAUCAAACGUCACAGCAGCAGCAGCAGCAAUUUUCACCGUCAGCUGAUAGUACAUCUGCCAUCCCGCGCCGGCGCUUUGUUUCGUCGAACCUCGGUGUGUCUAGGCUGGCGACGCCAUCACUUAACACAGCAACACCUCCUCGAAGAUACAUGGAGAGACCGGCACAGCAAGACCACGGUCAUAGCGCCGUCGACAAACUUGCCGAAGAGCGUGCACAACGCUACACCUCUCUUGGGCAAACAACCAUGGUCAAUCGGACCAGCAGUAUGAUCAGAAGACCCAAACGGGACAGCAUUGCGUCCGCCAAUCCUUCUGCAGCUGCUGGCAGCUACAGAUGA